GAAGAGAAGGAAGUCAAUAGGGGCUGCUUAUUUCUUCAACAACACAUGAGCUACCCUUCAACGCCUGCUGGAUACGCACAAAUUUGCCUCCACAAGCCAGAUCAGAUUCAUAUUCUUCCCUGAUACCGAAACCCUUCUGCCGUUCUCUGUGAAAGCUCCUCAAAAUGGGUAUUUCAUUUAGCAGUAAUAGAAGAAGGAACAACACUUAUUACCACCACCAUCCUCCACCUCCUCCACCUUACUAUUACCCCUCAGAACCCCUCUCUCUCCCUCCACAUCCGCCUCCACCUCCGCCGCCACGGCCCCAAAAUUUCUUCACUACGACAACAACUGCGGCAUCCCUACCGCCACCACCACCACCACCUCCUCCUCCAAUUCAAUUCUACUACAGUUCUCAUCCCUACCAUACGGGCAGCUACGCGAACAGAUUCAAUUAUCCGCCUUAUUAUUGUGCUAACCAGCCUAAUUGGUGGCCUUCGAUUAGGCCUAAUGUGGGUACUGGGCAGCCGAUUGAGCCGGCUCCUUACAUUGAGCAUCAAAAUGCCAAGAAGGUCAGAAAUGACGUGAACGUGCAUAAGGAUACUUUAAAGGUUGAAAUUGAUGAGAACAACCCUGAUAAUUACUUGGUUUCUUUCGUUUUCGAUGCUUUGUUUGAUGGGAGCAUUACAAUUUUCUAUUUUGCAAAGGAAGAGGUCAACUGUAGGUUUGUUCCUAUAUUUCCAGAAGCCCAUUUGCCUGUCAGAAUCCCCUUCCAGAAAGGUCCUGGCCAGAAAUUUUAUCAGCCUUCAGGAACAGGCAUCGACUUGGGUUUCUUUGAGUUGGAUGAUCUUUCAAAACCAUCACCUGGAGAAGAUAUUUUUCCACUUGUAAUAGUUGCUGAAACAUGCUUGCCAGUUGAUUCAACAGAUGAACAUGUUGAUGAUUCUGCUCAAAACACAUCUGGCCACAUGCAGAUUACUCAAGCUGUUCUUGAGAAGAAAGAUAGUGGCACUUUUCAAGUAAGAGUAGUAAGGCAAAUUUUGUGGAUCGAUGGAGUUCGAUAUGAGCUGCGAGAGCUAUAUGGAAUUGGAAGCUCAGCAGCUGAAGGCUUCAAUGACUGUGACCUUGGGAAGGAAUGUGUGAUUUGCAUGACUGAACCUAAGGAUACUGCUGCGUUACCGUGCCGACACAUGUGUAUGUGCAGUGAGUGUGCAAAAGCGUUGAGGCUUCAAUCAAAUAAGUGCCCCAUAUGUCGUCAACCAAUUGAAGAACUUAUGGAGAUCAAGAUAAAUAAUGGUGAUCAAUAAGAAAUUCUUUGCUUCGCACCUAUUUGGAUUUAUGGUAAAGAAACUCCUUUUGUUUUACUGUAUCUUUGCCUUUAGAAUGUGUAUGCUAGUUAUUUUGUAUAUUUUAUUCCUGUAUUAGUUUUUCAAGUUUCUUAUGACUUUGUACAAAGAUAAAUAUGUAGAAGACAAUUUAUCAAUAUAAAUAUUAUUGAGUCAUUAGCCAUCUA